AUGGAGCAAAUCUUCAUGAUCGAAGUGUUCGUCAAAAGAAUCGUCUUAAAGAUUGAACCACCUGAAAAAGAUGAGUACGAACUGCAGCAGGAAGAGGAGGAAAGGCGGCGAGAAGCUGAACGGCUUGCAGCCCUAGAAGCUCUCCUAAAAGGAAAAAAAGGCAAAAAGGGAAAAAAAGGAAAAGCUAAAAAGGCGAAGGGGAAGAAGGGUAAGAAAGGCAAGAAAGGAAAGGAACCACCUGGACCGUCUGAAGAAGAACUGAAGUAUAUGCAAACAUGCACUAUGCAGAUGAACUGCCUACCCCUCUUUGAUUUUUAUGUUGCACAUGACAACUUCGUUGCGCCACCGCCACCUGCUCCUCCUCCAAAAAAAGGCAAAAAAGGGAAGAAAAAAGCGAAACCAAAGAAAAAGAAAGGGAAAAAAGGAAAAGGUAAAAUAAUGCCAAUAAAGCUUCAGUUACCUUCCGAACCGUUACCACAACCACCUUACUUCGGGGUUGGUAAUUCAGUCAUGUUUUUAUCGAGACCUUCAAAAUUAGAAGAAAUAUUAAGGAAGACCCCGAUCUACGUGACUGUGUGGAACAGAGAUCAAGAGAUGGGUUGCAUAGGGUUCUCCAUUGUGGAAUGGCAUGAAUCAUUUUUCGAAUGCCUUAAAAAAUCCGAAGAUUUGAACCCAGUGAACUAUGAUCAAGCAGAAUAUCGAGAUACUAGUAAACCAGAGAUGGUCACCAAUACUGUAGAAAUGAUUCGACCGCUGCAGUGUGAGGAAGAUUUAAAGGCGUCGGGGGAAAUUGAAUUUUACUUACGACUAACAUGUUUAGGUAAUAGCGUGAUCAGUUCAUUCAUAGCGCUGCCUGAGAUGGAACGCAUACCUGGACGAAAAUACCUUUGUGAUGACUUGAAACUUAAGGAUGUUGAAGUAGUUAGACACUGGGAAGGUACUAUGAUAGAAGAGGUGCCACCUGUAGCUUAUUUCUUUAGCGCUCCUGACAUCACAAGGGAACCUAUAAAACCAGUAGAGGAGAUAGUACGGUAUGAAGAAUUCGUUGCUCCAUUUACUCGAAGUGAGCUGGCGAUUCUAUCUAUGGGCUUUCCUAAAGGACCUUGCGGUGGUACCAACUGUCCGAAGAGAAUGGAGUAUAGAGGCAGUCAGCAUCAAUUUAUUCCAGGAGAGAUGGUUAAAGGGAAAUACCAGCACGGUCAGUUUGUGAAUAAGCGAGAUGUUCAUGGUCCUUGUGGACGACUCGACUGUCCUCUAGCUAAGAAAGUUCGUGCAUAUAUUUGUACUGACGGCAGUUAUAAACCUUGCAAGAAACCAUGUUGCAAAGACUACUAUUAA